CAGCGCCGCUACGAGUUUCAGUCAUAUCUGCUAGCAGCUAUUUAGCCUCUAGUUAACCUACAGUCUCGUAGUUUGUUCCCCUUGAGUCGAUGAAAUAAGAUUGUUUUUUGAGAUAUUUCAGUCGUUUGAGGGACAAAAGCGAAAGCCAGUUUGAAGAUGCAGUUCAUGCUGUUGUUCAGCCGGCAGGGAAAGCUACGGUUACAAAAAUGGUAUGUGCCUUUGUCCGAUAAGGAGAGGAAGAAGAUCUCCAGAGACCUGGUCCAGACCAUACUGGCCAGGAAACCUAAGAUGUGCAGCUUCUUGGAGUGGAGGGACCUCAAGAUUGUCUACAAGAGAUAUGCUAGUCUGUAUUUCUGCUGUGCAGUAGAGGAUCAGGAUAAUGAGCUGAUCACCCUGGAGGUCAUCCACAGAUAUGUGGAGCUGUUGGAUAAAUACUUUGGCAGUGUGUGCGAGCUGGAUAUUAUUUUCAACUUUGAGAAAGCUUACUUUAUCCUCGAUGAGUUUCUGCUGGGUGGAGAAGCUCAGGAGACGUCCAAGAAGAAUGUGCUGAAGGCCAUUGAGCAGGCCGACCUGCUGCAGGAGGAGGCUGAGGCACCACGGAGUGUGUUAGAGGAAAUUGGGCUGACCUAGAUCAUGCUGCCUUCACGUUUUCCCAGACCAAGAUCUGGCAACAUGUCCGUGUUCAUUCAUCUCCUGGUCACUGUUUCAGUGUUAUACACAUAAUAGUCACUAUGUACUGUAUUGUCCUGUGGUGUCUUAGUCUGUAGUAUUAUUUUAAUGUUGUACCAGCUGUGGUAUUUGUGUCUCCCCCACUGUAUGUACAAGCUGAUAUUUGCAGGUAGUCUAAUGCAGUGGUUCUUUAUCCUGGUCAAGUACCAUGACCCUACACAUUUUCUAUCUGUUCCACCAUAAGCUGAUGAGCUCAUUCAGGUGUCUGUUAGUACUUGACUGGAAGUACACCUGAAUGCGUAGUUUUGGUGGUACUUGAGAACUGUGGUUGAGAACCACUGGCCUAAUGCACUACCCUUAACUCCAGAGUACAAUGUAGCGAGGACAUCAACAUGAAAA